AUGACCGACCAACAACCCACCAAAGACCCCGAAAUCUACAAGCACUUGAGCCCCAAAACUCAAGGAUUUCUACGAGCAUCUGCCAGUCAAAGAAACGAGAGAGCCAGACUCAACGACGACACCAUGUCUAACGAGCAAACCUUCAUUGCGAUCAAGCCUGAUGGUGUCCAGCGUGGGCUCAUUGGGCCGAUUAUCUCGAGAUUCGAGGCUCGUGGCUACAAGCUCGCUGCUAUUAAGCUCAUGACUGCCAGCAAGGAUCACCUUGAGAAGCAUUACGAGGAUCUCUCCGAGAAGCCAUUCUUCCCUGGACUCAUCAAGUACAUGGGCAGCGGGCCAAUCUGUGCUAUGGUGUGGGAAGGUCGUGAUGCCGUCAAGACUGGCCGUGCCCUCCUCGGUGCCACCAACCCCCUUGCAUCACCGCCAGGCACAAUUCGAGGCGACUAUGCGAUCGAGACGGGCAGGAAUAUUUGCCACGGUUCCGAUAGUGUUGAGAAUGCCAAGAAGGAGAUUGCCCUCUGGUUCAAGGAAGGCGAGGUCCAGACAUACAAGUCCGCUCUGCACGACUGGAUCUACGAGAAGUAG